AUGGCGUCCAAGUUUAAAACUAUUAGUGAAUAAAGAUGUCAGACAUUAAAGACACUUUAGAAUAAACGCACAAAAGAGCACACCAAAAAGGAACCUGUCAGGAGGGGUGUUAUCCACCGAGGCCGAAGGUCGAGGUGGAUAACACCCUCCGAGGUCUGCUUAAUUCUUCAUAUCCUACGAAAGCCGAAUUCAUUAAUUGCUUUAUUGUUCAUCUAUCUCCAAUAGAAGUUCUUAGUAAGGAAGCUGUUGCCCUUUCUGUUGUUGGAGCAGUCCUGUUCCCCUGUAUCGUCCUUGGGUUCGCCUUCUUUUGCUUUAUACGCCACCAACGGAAGCUGAUUGUGGAGUAUCGUAAUCAGAUUUUUCCAGUAUACACUGGAAAACACCAGGUAAAAUACCAUGUAAAACGAGCUUAAAAUGAAGCCACUACAUAACAACCAGUGCCUGCUUGGAUUCUACAACGUAUUUUCGCUGAAAAUGAUGUUUGUUAGACUGCGUAAAUUUCACACCCCUCCCAUUCCAAGAUCAUACUCAACACCUACAAUGACAACUUUAAUCGCGGAAAAAUGGAGGAGGGGGAUUUCUUUUACUUGUGAAAUUUUUGUCUCAGAGGAGCAAUCAAAUUAGAAAAGGGGUUUUAUAAGCAAACGUCUCUCAACCUUUGUUCAAACAUGACAGCGAAAAUAAAAUGAAUUUGCGAUCUUUCAAACUUCAUCUCGAUUAACGUCAUCUCCUUUGAUAUGUGAAACGUAGGCGACUUUACGUGGAGUAGUUGAAUUUCUAUGGACAGCCAAGUUAAAAAAGGGAAUAAAAAAUUUAUCGUCAGUGCCGGUUAAAGUCCUUCGCAAAACGCGCAUUGGGACUAAUUUUUCACGUCGUAGUCGUGCAAUCAAGUUUGAUGGCCCGUGCAAAGUUGUCGUUUUUGGUUGUUAAUCCGACCCGCUACUGUUUCACCUUCUCAUUACCGUCGUCGAUUCUCUUUUGCUUAAAAUCUUUAGUAACCUUUCGAAAGUGCAGGUUUGCUUUACUUAUGGCCACUUUACAUUCGUGUAAACUCUCAUGGUGUUGGACACUUUUGAGAAUGAUUAUACAUUUAUCACUCGAGCAUCUGAGUUGCUUGUUCGAGGCCAGUCGACAGACAUAAUUUGGAAAAUUGCAACCAUAGAUUGCUCCUCGUUUUAAAAUAGAUGUAUACUCACGGAUAGUAAAGAUGGCUGACAUUUUGUUCAUUUCAUUGCAGGCUACGAACCAGUCUGUUCCGCAAAAAUAGUCACGACUUUUUUUGUCGACCUACCGUGAACGAGGUGCCGAGUUUCUUUGCGGAGUGGCCAUGAAUUUAAGUCCACUUUUCAAACCUAAACUGGCUUUUGUUUAUUCUUUGACUCGAUUCAAAAAGUGAUCCAUUGCCCUGAAAUGGCCUUCUAAAUUCAGGUAAUACUCAUGAACCAAACAGUUUCCAGUUGGAGGGAAUGAACUUACCAUUGCUUGGUCUAAAUAGGUCCCUAUUUUAUACGUUAAGUAAUAAAAUAUUUCUUGAUUGUUUUAGAUUGACCCAAAUAUUGCACUGCUUGAACAAUGUAAUGAUCUGCCUUAUGACCCUGAUUUCGAGUUUCCUGAGGACAAGCUCAUUCUUGGGGAGGUGCUAGGAUCAGGGGCCUUCGGAAAAGUCAUUAAAGCAGAGGCUAUAGGAAUAAACAACUUUAGUCCCAGAGACAAAAGUCAAAAGAAACGUCAGCGGCGACCUAAAAUGUUUCGUCAACAAAGGGCCGGCCAUGCGUACCACGAUCCCAGAGGCAGUGCGUACACGAAGACCACCGUAGCUGUAAAGACUGUUAAAGGUAAUGUUUCAAGUCAAGAGAUCUCUAUUUCAACUUGUGUAACAUUUACCAUGGAGCAAGAAUGGCUAGUACUUGUCGGGGGUUGGUGGAGGGGGACAAAAAAGGCAUUUGGUUUAUAGUUACUGUAGCAGCUGAUAAUAUGCAGGGGAGGGGACGAGUUACCAGGUUACCUGCGCGGUAAUAAUUUUGGAGACGGGGUAGGGUUGAUUUGGGAAUCUGUGCCUACCAGUGGAAAAAAACCCCAGCCAUGCCCCUGGAUUCAGCAUGGGUGAGGUGGGCAAUUCGCAUAGGGCCUCUCUCAUGCAUGAGUACCGUUCGUUCUCAUUCCUAUUGCUGAGGUUUGUGCCCAGUUAAACUGAACGUUGCUUGUGACAUGGUCACAUGGACUCCACUAGAGCCUGUGAAAACUGCACUUUUUUUAACUGACCGUGUACGAUAUUUUGGCACUUCAGGGGGAGCUACUAACGAGGAAGUAAGAGACCUGGCAUCAGAGCUGAAAAUUCUAAUUUACGUUGGAGAACACAAAAACAUUGUAAACCUCCUUGGUGCUUGUAUCAAGCGAGAUCGUAUCCUUGUCAUUCUGGAAUAUGCACCACAUGGGAGUUUACAAAAGUUCUUACGACGCAAGCGAGAUGUUUAUGAAGCAACCUGGACUACGACUGCGAGUGACCCAGAGAUAGGAUUGAAUAUAUCAAAUCUUGUAAGCUAUUCUUACCAAAUAUCCUGUGGAAUGGAAUACCUGGCGUCUAAAAAGGUAAUGUAGUAAUGCUGUCCCGUUCAAGGAUUCCCACAUUUCUGAAGAAAAUUCAGUUCUAACGAGAGGUGUAGUGGCUCUUGGUUGUAAUAGACCUAUUUGGCUUAUGUUUUAUUUUCCCAUUUCACACCACGUGAUGUUCUCAAGGCAAUUUGCGUUUUGUCUAAAUACAUAAAUAUGCUCCUGGAUGCACGAGCAAAGGACAACUUUUGAAAGGAACGGUUCUCUGGGGUACCAUCAAGUGGUCUGAAAAGGGAAGACAAAACAUACAAGCUAAAAAGGUCUAUUCUCCAGCACUUGCUUAUUUUCUCCGUUUGGCUUCAAAGAGUUUUGUCAUGAUUUAAAUCGUUUAUUCGACUCUAAAUCUGCGCCUAUUUGUUUGUUUUUCGCGUUUAACAGAGUAUGACUACUUGAACCUGGGCGCUUGAAAGCUUAUUAUAUCCAAUCAAAUCGUUUGACCUUACCAUGUUUUUUUUUUGAAAACAAGAGAUUCUCUGUUAAUGUAAACGGGCCAAAGAAAAUUCAAUGUGCAACUAUGAAACUGUUGAUAACUUAAAAACCGAACUUACCUGACCUCUCAGGAAUUAGCCCUCAAAUUUAAUGAGAAUCUUUUGUUUUCAAAAACCGCAAUGAUUAUUAUGAUUUGUGUUUGGAUAAUCUAUUUCCAAAAGCCCAGCUUCGAGUAUUCGCACUGUAAGAGUUUAUUAUGAGUAAUAAGUGGUAAAAGUAAAGUAACUCAGAGAGAGGAGACCUCAGUAGCCAAAAGCUCGCGCAAAGGAUUAGAAAAAGCAACGUGUAGGAGAAAAGGUUACGGGAACUCAGAAGCGUGCGCAACAGCUGUGACAUUAAAUCAGCCAUGAACCGGGAGCGAAAGAAGCGAAGACGUAAGUGUCUGGAGCGUUGAUUCCUCACUGAUCAGCGUUCGAGAGUAAGUGAAGAGCAUUGUUUAACAAUGUUUAGUCUUUAUUUACUUUUACUUUCUGUAGCGUGUGCACUUCUCUAUUGGUAUAAAAAUUGUUUUUCCUGUUUUUACUGUGAUUAUUAUUAUUAUUAUUAUUAUUUCAAAAGUAGGUUGAGUUUGAUCGUCCGGGUAAUCGUAGUCCUGAAUAGGACUGUUGUUGUUGACAGUGACUGACGUUUCGAUAACCUGUGCUGUAGUCAUCUUCAGAGUCAAAGCGAGUUGUAUCACGUCAGUUGAUGGUAUUAUACUCUGGUUAUUGAGCUGAUUGGUCAAUUACGUCGCGAUGUUAUUGGUCGUCUGUCAGUAAAGCCGUGAUAUUAUUGGCUAUGAAGACUCGUAAUCAGUAAUUGGUGCGUUUCGAUCCGUCUUUUGUCACAGUUAAACAGUCGUCUAUUGUUAGUCAAAUUGUCAUUUCUCCAGUCGUUCUCUCGUAGUUAGUUUUGCUUGAUCUCGUCAAUAAGUCGUUUGUAACGCGCUGGUAACUGUUGGCUACGAUUCAGUGGCGUUUGUUCUAACUUAGUAAACCAGCUUUCUAAAGUAAGACGUUGAUAGUAGUCUGUAGAAUACGUUAUACAUGUCACAGAGUCCCAGUCAAUUUGAUGUUUCGUUUGUAAUUGGUGCUCAGCAAUGUGAUUGUUGACGUCGCCAUUCCUCGUCGCUCGUUUGUGUUCGGUCAGUCGCGUGCUUAGGUUUCUGCCGGUUUCACCAAUGUAAGAAGCCUGGCAGUCGCAGCAUUUGAUCUUGUAUACUGCUCCCUGUGUGUCCUCCAGUUUGUCUUUGUCCUUGACAUUAGUAAGAAGUCGCCGUAAAGUGGUUAUCGGUUUGUGUGCAACACGUAUAUUGUAAGGUUGUAAUAUACGUGCAAUAGUUUCAGAGGUGCCUCUGAUGUACGGUAUAAUCGCUGUUGUAACAGGGCCAGAUUUGGUCUGAGUGUUGGAAUCAGUGUUACUGUGAGUGUUCCGUCUAACAAAGUCCGUGUUGUAACUGUUCUUACUAAAAACGUUGGUAAGAUAAUCAGUCUCGUCUUGUAGGCUGUCAGGUGAGUCACAAACUAGUUGCGCUCGUCUCGUCAGAGUCCGGAUAGUAGUAGCCUUGUGGGAGGUCGGAUUGUACGAAGACUGGGCUAGUAAUCGGUCUAUAUGUGUCGGUUUUCUGUAAAUAGUCGUUUUUAGAUUGUUGUUAUCGCGAGUGACCAAGCAGGCUAGAAAAGGUAUCUUACCAUUUUCUUCGAUCUCCUUGGUGAACUGUAUGUCCGCGUUCUGUCUGUUAUGGUGUUCGUGAAAAUCGUCGAUUCCGUCUUUGUGUACGGCGGCAACAACAAACUAAAAACGAUAUUUACAGAAAACCGACACAUAGCGACCGAUUACUAGACCUGUCUUUGUACAAUCCGACCUCCCACAAGGCUACUACUAUCUGGACUCUGACGAGACGAGCGCAGCUAGUUUGUGACUCACCUGACAGCCUACAAGACGAGACUGAUUAUCUUACCAACGUUUUUAGUAAGAACAAUUACAACACGGACUUUGUUAGACGGAACACUCACAGCAACACUGAUUCCAACACUCAGACCAACUCUGGCCCUGUUACAACAGCGAUUAUACCGUACAUCAGAGGCACCUCUGAAACUAUUGCACGGAUAUUACAACCUUACAAUAUACGUGUUGCACACAAACCGAUAACCACUUUACGGCGACUUCUUACUAAUGUCAAGGACAAAGACAAACUGGAGGACACACAGGGAGCAGUAUACAAGAUCAAAUGCUGCGACUGCCAGGCUUCUUACAUUGGUGAAACCGGCAGAAACCUAAGCACGCGACUGACCGAACACAAACGAGCGACGAGGAAUGGUGACGUCAACAAUCACAUUGCUGAGCACCAAUUACAAACGAAACAUCAAAUUGACUGGGACUCUGUUACAUGUAUAACGUAUUCUACAGACUACUAUCAAUGUCUUACUUUAGAAAGCUGGUUUACUAACUUAGAACAAACGCCACUGAAUCGUAGCCAACAGUUACCAGCGCGUUACAAACGACUUAUUGACGAGAUCAAGCAAAACUAACUACGAGAGAACGACUGGAGAAAUGACAAUUUGACUGACAAUAGACGACUGUUUAACUGUGACAAAAGACGGAUCGAAACGCACCAAUUACUGAUUACGAGUCUUCAUAGCCAAUAAUAUCACGGCUUUACUGACAGACGACCAAUAACAUCGCGACGUAAUUGACCAAUCAGCUCAAUAACCAGAGUAUAAUACCAUCAACUGACGUGAUACAACUCGCUUUGACUCUGAAGAUGACUACCGCACAGGUUGUCGAAACGUCAGUCACUGUCAACAACAACAGUCCUAUUCAGGACUACGUUCACCCGGACGAUCAAACUCAACGUACUUUUGAAAUGACUCCUGGGUUCAAACCUUUCACAUUAUUAUUAUUAUUAUUACUAUUAUUACUUUUUAAAAUAGCAAAAAUCUUUAUUAACAUAUGACCAAUUUACAUUCCGCUAUCAUAGACUAAAAUUUUGAUGAAAUAAAAAUAUUAAAACUAAGAUCAUAAAACACUAAUUUACAAGAUCACCCCAUUAUUGACUUUCUAAAAUUAGCAGACUUACUACUAUUAUUAUCUCCUUCUUGUUUCUGAUUUCUUGAUUUUGCAUUUCUUUUUUCAAAACAUAUCUGUUUUAUAUAGUGUGUUCACCGAGACUUGGCGGCCAGAAACAUUCUUGUUGGAAAAGACUACGUCAUGAAGAUCGCUGACUUUGGUCUCGCUCGAGAUAUUUACAAGAGUGAAUUAUAUGUGAAGACGAACAGUGGUAUUUUGCCAGUGAAGUGGAUGUCGGUAGAAUCAUUGUUUUUGAGGGAGUUCUCAGAGAAAAGUGAUGUGUGAGUACAAAUGACAUUUAAAAAAAUGAAUGAAGGGAGAAUAGGAAAAUAUGCGGGGAUGGUACUCAAGGAUGACAACUAUAUAAUUAGUGCGUAAUUAGGCGUUCAAAUUAAAAAGAAGCUGGCCUUUUGAUUACUGCAAUUAAGUUAAACUUGCCAUAACAUAGUUUAGCAGGCGCUUUCCGAUUGGCUGAGAAGUACGUUUGCAUGCGAGUAACACAGUUAAACGCGACCACGUUUGAAAAACUCGACAAGUUUACUUUAUUAACCCAUAACUUAGAGGUAUGGAACUUGAAAAUCUUUAAAAACAUGCUAUAUCAAAGUUUUUACGCUCAAGACGACAUUUUCAGGGAGAACAAUCCGUCCUUUAAAAUAUCACCUUUUUUAACAAAUAAAGAAGCCUUGACUGUGCUCUGUUCUGUACGUUGUAAAGCACACACGACUGGCAGCGGCUAGAACGCGAAAGAAGUGUAGGGGGGAACACAAGAUGUAGUCGAGUGUUUCUCUCUACUUCUUGAGUAGUACAACAGAAUAGAGCUCAGUCAAGACUUCUUUAUUUGUUUUAUGAAUAUAAAGAAUCCGUUAAAUUCUCCACACAUUCCUUUUUAAUUUUCAAAACAAUCUUUUUUUUUAAAGCAAAAGAGUGUCGUCAGCACAUGUUUUAUACUCUCGUAAAGCACGCUUUUGCAACAAAUCAGAGCGCACGUUAUAUCUGAACUUUAUUAUAAAUGCAAAACAAAAACGUACUGAUUACACCUACAAAACUUCGUGUAGAUACAACACUUCGCAACUAGUAAGAACUGCUCUUUUCGUUAGCGCCAUAAACAAAGAGCUAGGUAGGAACUUUUUCUCGGGAAAGUUGCCGCUAUAAAAGCACCUUAGCAGAAAGCUGUUUUUCUGUGGUUUGCAAUUUGUACGAAUUCUCUUAAAUUCUCCCAACACCCGAAUCUGGUGUUUAUAUCAGGGAAUGUAAACCCAGCAGAUAACGUUUUCCAUUUUUUAUGAAAAGUACUCGAAAGAAAAAGAAUACCACUGAUAACGAUUCUUGAAUGUAGCGCUUCAUAUGCAAGCCAUGUAAGUUUUGAUUCCAAUAAUUCCCUUGUAGUGGAGUUAAUAGCAGCUUACCAUCUGUUUCCUCGAGUCCAUAUUUUAGUUUAAACAGCUUACAGAGCUUUAUUGACACCCUUUUGGUUUGGAAUGACCCAGGCUGUGAUGACCCUUCGAGUGUGUAUGUUUUGAACCUUGACAUUUAAUAACGCAGAUGGUCGUUUGGUAUUUGCUUGUGGGAGAUCUUUACACUGGGCGGCACACCGUAUUCCACUAUACCCGCAGAAGAGCUCCUAGACUUUCUCAAUGAUGGAAACCGUAUGCAAAAUCCCCGAGACUGCCCUCCGGAGAUCUACAAAAUUAUGCAAGAUUGCUGGCAGGAAGGACCCGACAAGCGACCUAAAUUUGAUCAAAUCAAACAGUCGAUUGGUACAAUAAUUGAGCAACGCGCUUCCCAGGUGAGGCCUUGAGGCAAAGGAGGAACUAAGAGAACUUAUCCUCUCUCUUGUCAGAACUUAUUGUACACUAGGUCCUUCAAAGGAAAAAUUGAAGUUUAUGAAAAGGGGAUACUCUCUUGAGUGUAUAUAUCCUUUGUUCUGAUGGGGCGAGCGGGAAUUAAGCUUUGCAGGAAGAAUAUGAAGAGAUGACUUAUACUGUGUGCUCUUUAAAAAAUUACCAUACCUAUUUAAAAAAUUACCAUAUGACAGUGGGGGACCCGCUCAUUUAGUCCCGUAGUAUGCAGUUUGGCCUAUAAAGAAGGUGGAGCCCCGGGCCCCUGGGCCCCUUGGCCCCUCCCGUAGAUCGGCCAUGGAAUGAUAUAACACGAUCUGCAUGCUGUUUUUUUUUUUUUUUAGACUGACGGAAUGCAGAUGCUAAAGCUAUACAGAUUAUAAAAAUUUACGAUUCUAUGAGAUCAGAGAAUUUCGACUGCCAAUUGAAAGAAAGAUUAUGAGGGAUGCGCAUCUUUUGCUGGUCAGGAGCCCAUAACCCGGAGUGAGCAACUUUCAUGCGCUUGUGUCACGACGUUUUCUCGGACCAGUUUAUUUUUAGAACGGUUUUGGCGCGAAUUUUGAAUAUCUUUUAAGUUUCACAAACUAGUCAACAAAACCUACAGCCCUAAAAAUGGUAUUUUCUGCCUUUUAAUAACGUUUAGGUCCGGUUUUGAAAUCUUAUACUCCGAAUACGCUCAUAGAUAUGGGGGAGAUUUUAUUUUCGUGGGAAGAAGUGCCCCUUAAAAUGUGUCUAAAAAUAAUAAAACUGAUCCGUAGAAACGCCGUGACAUAGGCCUAAUAUGGAAGUUGCUCGCUCCGGGUUAUGGGCUCCUGGCUGGUAUGUUUAUUCUAAACUUCGAUAUGGGCUUAUUUUUCACAACAGAGUGGGGCGACCGAGUACCUUCGCUUAACAGAAGACAACAACCUUGGCAAAAAAGAUUACUACCUUGAUCCACAUGAUUCAGACCCCACCGUUCCUGUGACGAGAGUAGAUGUUUAUGACGGGUUAGUAGUCUCGAUUAAGCAUUUGGCUUUUCUUCUUGAAAAGUUCAGCCACAAGCGAGUUGGGUUGUCCAUACCCAGUAUUCCGUACCCAUAAAGGAGCCAACAAGUCCCUGGCUAAAGAACGUCCCAAUAUUAGGUCGACAAUAAAUACGUUAUGUUAUGAUAAUUCAAUAACUGAUAGGUAGGGCCAGUUCUGCUUAUAUACUAGCUUGGCCACUGAGGGAGCGCUUAUUCGGGAAAAAAAUAGGUUCUUAAAAGGAGUACUGAGGAGACAGUAUAUCGUUAAUUAGACACGUGCAUGGCCAUGGCAAAGAACGAAAGGGACUCAGUUACAUUGUUACGUAAGAAAUAACAUUGCUUAACUCGUGGAUACAGAUAAUGGUCUUGCUGUGCACGGUAAAUUUAAAAUUGAGCCGAACGAGUGGCUAAUAAGAAACUGUUCCGUUAUGUCAAUGCCGGCGUUUAAUCAAAGGUAAACAAGCGUUUAGAGAAUGAGAGAAGAGAGGAGGUUACCUUAUAACAUCACAGUGUGCUGGAGGUGAUUGUUAUUCAACGAGACUCUUGUUUUUCAGCUUGGCAGGCGAAUUUUUAGGGGAAGACGCUUAAUCAACGUGAACGCUUUUUAUUUUUGACGUUUAAGGCGUAAUAACGUAUAAAUCUCAGAGUGAGAAAAUCUAACUCCUUUCGCUGCUUAAAAAUCAUGUUUCGAGUCCAUUGCGGUUGACAUCAAGAUUUGAAAUAAUGAUAAUAAAAUAGAGCAUUGCGAUCUUGUCUCACAGAAUUAUCGGCUCGUAAAAUGUUUUAGUGUGCUUUCACGUUGCCUUCUGUAAUCAUGCGCAUGAUCUAAAAUGUAUGGUCAAUUUUUUAGGAAUCUACUUUGGUUGACAGCGUUGUUUUCUUCUUAUAGGCGAUCAAGUGAAAAUAUUGCAAACAAUCCCUUGCCUCCAUUAUCAGGUGACAUGGAAGAUCAAUUCGAUCCGGAAUCUAAGGAGAAACAACAGACGCCGAACCCAGAGAUUUACGGUGGCUCGUUGGGGAGUGAGGGCGACAUUGAACUAGAAGAAUUCCAUGGUAAUGAGUAG